AAAAAUUCACAUGCAUUGGCAUUACUGCGAAAGGGCCACAUUUAAAUUAAUAGAACUAUAGAAUGGAUCAGACUUUUUGAUAAGGUAGCUGAAAUGGCAACACUUUAAUAUAGGCUUAGAGUGAGAACAAUGAAAUGUUACAUUUGUUUCACUUUCUGUAAUACUCAGAAAAUGGAGGAAUAAUGUAGGGGCCUCAAAUACUGCAGACCAGACAGUACGAGGCCAAAUCAAAUGGUUCUCGUAAGCGAUUGAAUUAAAUUGCACAUACUAGCAAGCGCUUCAUUUGAGGUGCGCUAUCGAGUCUCUUUUGGUGUCAAGCGCAGACAGGUUCGCACAGGUAGUCGUGUCUAUCUAUUCAACAUGGAGGAAGCGUUUGCAGAACCAGGAUGGCUAUCUGAGGAAGUCAAAACCGGGACGACCAUCAUCGCUGUUACCUUUGACGGUGGAGUUGUUCUUGGCUCUGAUUCGCGUGUGUCUGCGGGGGAGUCAGUGGUGAAUCGGGUGAUGAACAAACUCUCUCCCCUCCAUGAUAAGAUCUACUGUGCUUUGUCUGGAUCAGCAGCUGAUGCUCAAACCAUUGCUGAGAUAGUCAACUACCAACUGGAUGUGCACAGUAUUGAGGUGGAAGAUGACCCACUGGUAUGCUCUGCUGCUACUCUGGUGAAGAAUAUUUCAUACAAAUACAAAGAGGAACUAUCAGCACAUCUUAUUGUUGCAGGGUGGGACAGGAAAGGAGGAGGACAGGUGUAUGUGACACUUAAUGGUUUGCUGUCGAGGCAGCCUUUUGCUAUUGGUGGCUCUGGGAGUUUUUACAUUAAUGGCUUUGUGGAUGCAGAGUACCGGAAAAACAUGACAAAGAGAGAAAGCCAAGAGUUUGUCGUAAAUGCACUGACUCUAGCAAUGGGUCGAGAUGGCUCAAGUGGAGGUGUUGCCUAUGUUGCCACCAUUGACCAAGAUGGAACAGAAGAGAAAUGUGUCUUAGGAAAUGAACUACCCAAAUUUUUUGAUGAGUAAAAUAAAAGACAUUGUUGUUAAAUAAAAGAUGUUGCAUGUUAACAUACCAACGUUAUACUUUAUAUAGCAAGACAACAGCAUAUUCAAAUUGUGAAAAUUUGAUUGUAUCAGUUGUGCACAUACACAUACAAACACACAUACCCCUACGUGAACUGCUAUAUUCACUUUCACACAGCUUUAUAAUAAUUAAUAGAAAUAUUAGAGUUGUUUAACUGCCACACAAAACACUAUUU